UCGUCACCACAUACACAGUUCAGUGUAAUUUUCUCAUUUAGACACUUUUAUCUUAUUCUUUGCGAGACAGUCGUCAAUUUACCGCCAAUAAGAAUAGAUAACAGCCGCAGUCACUCACAAUGACACUUUAUAUUCCCUUUAUUUUGUUUGGUUAUGCAUUGUUCAAUCCUGUGAAUAGUGAAGCCAUUCAAUUGAAGGCCGACAAUAUCAAUGACAUACUAGCCAAAUAUGAGCUGGUUUUUAUAAAUUUCUACGUGGAUUGGUGUCGCUUCAGCAAUCUAAUGCAACCGAUUUUUGAUGAUGCCACUGAAUUGGUGAAUCAAGAAUUUGGCGCAAGUGGCAGAGUUGCAAUGGGCAAAGUGAAUUGUGAUGAUGACGUAGAAAUUUGCAAACGUUUUCAAAUCACAAAAUAUCCAACGCUAAAAGUCAGUUUAAAUGGUGACGUGAUGAAACGCGAAUAUCGCGGUCAACGAUCAAAAGAGGCACUUCUGGAAUACGUUCGCGAUCAAUUGAACGAUCCGAUUAAGAAAUUCACAAAAUUGGAUGAAGUGAAAAAUUUGAGCACCAAGAAACGUUUGGUAAUAGCAUUCUUUAAGAAACCUGAUACUAACGAUUAUGACAUCUUCCGUCGUGUUGCUGCCAACCUUAAGGACGACUGUGAUUUUUACGCUGGGUUCGGUGAAGCCGUUUCGGAACUUCAUGCAGGAGAACAACCAACCAUUGUCUAUCGCCCUGAUACUGAUUUAUCGCAUGAACAUGAAGAAACGUACAACGGACGAAUUCACGCCGAUGAAUUGAAAAUUUGGGCAACGGAAAGAUGCAUACCACUCGUUAGAGAAAUUACAUUUGAAAAUGCCGAAGAGUUGACCGAAGAAGGAAUGCCAUUUAUGAUUCUCUUCUAUCAUCCGGAUAAUAUGGGUCCAAUUAAAGAAUAUAAGGCAAGAGUGGAAGCUGAACUCCUCCAUGAAAAACAGAACGUCAAUUUCCUAGUCGCCGAUGGCAAAAAGUUUUCACACCCACUGGCCCACUUGGAGAAAAAAUUGGACGAUUUGCCUCUGAUUUGUAUCGAUAGCUUCCGGCACAUGUAUCUUUUCCCCGAUUUCCAGAACAUUUACAAGCCGGGCAAGCUGAAGAAAUUUGUCGAUGAUUUACAUAGUGGAAAAUUACAUCGUGAAUUCCAUUAUGGUCCCGAUCCUGUGUCGGAGGAGAAAUCGGAAUCAAAACCAUCUGAACACAAGUCUGGAGCCGAACACAAAUCUGGAGCCGAACACAAAUCUGGAGCCGAACACAAAUCUGGAGCCGAACACAAGUCUGAAGCCGAACACAAGUCUGAAGCCGAACAUGGAAGCGAACAUGAAGCCGAGCAUCCAUCCGAACCGCACAUCAAAUCGGAUGAAAACGAAAUAGACGACGUAGAAGAAACGCCUAUAGAUUCCGCAUUUAUCAAAUUGGCACCGUCCGAUAAACGGUACACAUUGAUUCGAAAAGAUGAACUCUGAUCUAAUUUGCGUUUUGUUUUCAUAUAAGCAAUUCCGACUAUUAAUCGGUUCAUGAGCUGACGUAUCGACUUUCUUCAGAUACUUGUACCGCUCAUUUAGAAUAAAAAAAAUAUUACUGAAUUUUCUAUUUAUAACAAA